GUACUGGGCUGGACUGGGCUGGGCUGGGCUGCGCUCGGCUCUACUGGGUCAUUUUGGGCUGUACUGGGCUAUAGUGGGUUGUACUGGGCUAUAGUGCGUUAUACGGGGCUGUACUGGGCUAUACUGGGUUAUAGUGGGUUAUACCGGGCUGUACUGGGUUAUAGUGGGUUAUACUGGGCUGUACUGGGCUACAGCGUGUUAUGCUGGGCUGUGCUGGGCUGUACUGGGCUAUACAGGGCUAUAGUGGGUUAUACUGGGCUGUACUGGGCUAUACUGGGAGGGGCCGCGCGGGCCGGCGCCGUGAUGGAGCGGUUCGUGCGGGGCAACCGGGCGGCUCUGCAGGAUCACAUCCAGCACCACCGGGAGGUCCACGUGGUGAUGGGCAACGAGGCCUGUGACCUGGACUCCACGGUCUCGGCACUGGCCCUGGCCUAUUUCCUGGCCCAGAGCUCCCCGGCCCCCAGAGCCGCCUUCGUGCCGGUGCUGAACAUCCCCCGCGCCGACUUCGCGCUGCGGACGGAGACGACGUUCCUGCUGCGGGAUCGCGGCGUCCCGGCCGCCUCCCUCAUCUUUCGGGAUGAGAUCGACCUGGGGGGGCUGCACCACGCCGGGCUGCUCUCCCUGACGCUGGUGGAUCACCACGUCCUGCCCGGUGCCGACGCAGCCCUGGAGGAGGCCGUGGUGGAGGUGUUGGACCACCGGCCGCUGGAGCGGGAGCGGGGCCCGCCGUGCCGGGUGACGGUGGAGCCGGUGGGCUCCUGUGCCACGCUGGUGACCGAGCGCAUCGCCCAGGGCCCCCCGGGGCUGCUGGACAGAACCACGGCCGCGCUGCUGCACGCCACCAUCCUCCUGGACUGCAUCAACCUGAGCCCGGCCGCCGGCAAGGUGACGCCGCGGGACGUGGCGUGCGUGGCCCUGCUGGAGGAGAGGUUCCCCGAGCUGCCGCCCCACGACAGCGUCUUCGGGGCCCUGCAGGCGGCCAAGUUUGACGUCUCAGGGCUGACGACGGAGCAGAUGCUGCGCAAGGACCUCAAGGUGAUCUCCAACGACGAGCUGGUCGUGGCCAUCAGCGGCGUCUAUGUGGACCUGGAAACGUUCCUGCUCCGGCCUGGCUUGCUGCAGGACCUGGACGCCUUCUGCCAGGCCCGUGGCUACGCGGGGCUGGUGGCCAUGACCGUCUCCUUCAACGAGCGCCACGAGCCCACCCGCAAGCUGGCCGUGUUCAGCCAGUGCGAGACCCUCCGCGCCACGCUGUGCCGGGCGCUGGAGGAGGCGACGACGCCGUCCCUGCACUUGCAGCCCCUGCCCAGCCCCUGGCCCUGCGUGGGCGCCUUCGCCCAGGGCAACUCCUUGGCCUCCAGGAAGAAGGUGCUGCCCAUCCUGCGGGCAGCGCUGGGCGGCGCGGGGGCCGCCGGGGGUGCCGAGGAGGAGGUGGUGCCCCCGCCCACCCCCAUGAACAGCCUGGUGGAGGAGUGUCCCCUGGCCCAGGCCGUGCCCCCCCUGUGCCCCCAGGACGUCCUGGAGCGGGUCAGCCGCAUCGCCACGGGGCAGCCCCCCGGCUCCCCCAAAUAACCUCUGUGGCUCCGGAGGGCUGGAGGAGAAGUUGGGGGUCCCUGAGUGGGCCCUGGGGGGGUGCCCGGGCAUGGGGGGGGGUUGCAGCCACCUUGGUUAGAGCUCAGCUCCUGGUCCUCGGUGUGAGUUGUGCCCCCAGCGGGCUCCCCCCGCCCCCACGGGCCCCCAGGGUGGGUUUUGGGGGCAGCAGUUGCACGCACUUAAUGAGGGCACUGGGGGGGGGUUGGUUUUUAACGAGUUCUUGAUGUUCUUCCCUCCCCUGGAGGGCUGUGAGGGGGCCCUGGAUGCAGGGUCCGGACACGCAGCCAGCCCAGGAUUGUCACCCACGUUUUCCAAGGAUUAAAUUUCCCUUUUUCUUCCA